ACCAUGCUCCAAAACCACAAGAAUUCAGCUUCUAGUUUUAUCUAGCCGCACUUGUCUAUAUAUUCAGGAGCAUCAAAUCCUUGAGAAUUCAACACCACAAUAUCAAGUCAUUGCAAAAGCACUAGCCUUCUUUAACAAAUAUAUCCAAGUGUGUUUUCAAGAAAUCAAGAUAAAAUUAGAAAAUGAGUUCAACAAGUAGAGCAUGGGCUGCUGCACUAAGCGUAGGAGUAGUAGAGGCACUAAAAGAUCAAGGACUUUGUAGGUGGAAUUACACAAUCAGAGCCAUAAAUCGGCAUGUCAAGAACAAUAUAAGGUCAUAUUCACAGGCCAAGAAGAUCUAUUCUCCAUCUUCUUCUUUGGUUUCUGCUAACAGUAAAGCAAAGUUGUCUGAAGAGUCUCUUAGGAAAGUUAUGUACUUAAGCUGUUGGGGUCCCAAUUAAUCAAUCGUAAUAGCAGUUAUAUUUAGUGUCAUCUUUCUGUACAUAGCCUUUGAGGAUUUUUGUAGCUUGGGCUAAAUUGCUAGUAAACUGUUGUGGAAACAAUUUUUACUACCCAGAUGUAAAUAUCUGGAAAAUGAAAAUUGUACUCAAUUCUACUAUUAUUGAAUUGUGUGAUUUUUUUUUC